CAUCCUCAACAGAAGAAAAAAGCUUUAAAAACUGUCUUUAGUCUAGCAAAAAUGCAUGCAUUGGGCCCUCCAUUAUUCCCAAACUCUGGAUGGGCGUCGAGAGGAGAGUAUGAGAGAUACAACCUCAUCGGAGAUAACCAUAAAAUCGGCACGUUUCUUGAUUUUCCGGUACCGCAGACAUAUGGAGUGGUUCAUCAUCAGACCAGCUUAGGGGUUUCUGUUUCGUCAGAGGUAAAUGGAAUAAAUAACAAUUCGGUCGUGAUCAAGAAGCUAAAUCACAAUGCUAAUGAGCGUAACCGUCGCAAGAAAACCAACUCUUUGUUCUCAACUCUUCGUUCAUGUCUUCCAAGCUCAGAUGAGCCGAAGAAGCUAAGUAUUCCUCAGACGAUUUCGCGGAGCGUGCAGUACAUACCAGAGCUGCAAGAGGAAGUUAAGAAGCUAAUACAAAAGAAGGAGCACCUCUUGUUGCGAGAAUCGGGUCAAAGAGAACGUUACGCUAAGCCAGAACCAAAAGUGGCUGCUAGUUAUUUCUCCACCGUUUUUGCUACUAAGCUUAGAGAUAACGAAGUAAUGGUCCAAAUCUCAUCGUCCAAGAUUCGUAAUUUUUCGAUAUAUAAUGUUUUGAGUGGACUAGAAAAAGAUGGGCUUGUUCUCGUUGAUGUUUCAUCUUCGAGUUCUCGAAGAGAACAACUCUUCUACACCUUGCAUCUCCAAGUGGACAAGAUUGAUAAUUACAAGCUAAUUUGUGAAGAGCUAAGUCAAAGGAUCUUGUACUUGUAUGAGGAAUGUUGAAACUAGUUUAAAUAAGAGAGAUUUGUUCUUA